AUGAAGAAGCUGCGUGGUUUCACUAUUUCCUUUUUGCUCCUGAAGUUUUCUCUCAUCUUGUGCUGUUUGACUGAACUCAGUUGCUUUUGGAGGAUAAAGAAUAUUGAAGAUAAUGAUGGACAUUUGAGAAGUGACUGUGGUUUUAUGCUUUCAGCAUUGGAAGAAGCUUUUGAAGACAUUGAUUAUAAUGAACUUAUUCCUUUUAGAAUACAAAAAAGAAAAUCUGAGUUUUUUCUGGUAAUGAUUUUUGCUGCUGAAGAGAUCAACAAGAAUCCUUAUCUUUUACCCAACAUGUCUUUGAUAUUUGACAUCAUUGUUGGCCUAUGUGGAGAUACAUUGGGACUUCUGGAUUUAGUAUAUUCACAACAAAACCAUAGUUUGGAUUUUAUUAAUUAUAUCUGUGGAUUAGAUCCAACGUGUGCUGCAGACAUUAUAGGACCAUCAUGGAAAUCAUCCUUAAGACUAGCACUUUAUUCUAGGACACCAACAGUUUUCUUUGGACCAUUUAAUCCGAACCUAAGUGACCAUGACCAGUUGCCCUUUGUCCAUCAGGUAGCCACGAAGGACACCCAUUUGUGUUAUGGCAUGGUCUCCUUGAUGCUUCAUUUUAGAUGGACUUGGAUUGGACUGGUCAUCUCAGACAAUGACCAAGGUAUUCAGUUUCUCUCAGACAUGAGAGAAGAAAUGCAAAGGAAAGGGAUCUGUUUGGCUUUUGUGAAUGUGAUCCCAGAAAACACGCACUUAUACAUGACAAGGGCUAAGGUAUAUGAUGAACAAAUUACAACAUCAACAGCAAGGGUUGUUGUCAUUUAUGGUGACAUGAACUCUACUUUAGAAAUCAGCCUUAGACGAUGA